GGUGACAGGUAGUGCACACCCGACGGUUCCCACAAGCACUUUAUUUCGAACUAGGCACGUUUGAACUAGGCACUGAUGUCUGAACAACACAAUUUACUUCGUGCAGCAGGCUACAAGUUUUCUCCUGCCGGGUGAACACAGCUUGUUGAAUCAAAUUGAACACUAAGAUUUUAAAAUGGAAGAUAUAUUAUUUGACUUGGAUCAAGAUGGCACUACAGACUUUGCCUUCUGGGGCCAGAUGGACCCUAACUUCCAGUUCCAGUCCCAGUUGGACACUCUCCUCUUUGACUGCACCACGGUCACGGGCCAGCUUUCGCCCUGGUCCUCGUUCGGUGGCCAGUCCAUGUUCCCGGACGCGCAGAUGACCUUCACCGACCUGGACUCGCAGUCUCCCGGCCUUGGAGCCAGUGCUGAAGUGGACAGCUCCUCGGUGGACGAGCCCCACGAGAUCAGCAAGCGCAGGCCGCGGCGGUUUGUGCCCCAUCACCCGUACAAGAUCCAGCGACACGCCGCUAACAUCCGGGAGAGGAAGAGGAUGCUGAGUAUCAAUUCUGCGUUCGAAGAGCUCCGGUGCCACGUGCCAACCUUUCCCUAUGAGAAGCGCCUGUCCAAGAUUGAUACCCUGAGAUUGGCCAUUGCUUACAUCGCCCUCCUGAGAGAAAUACUGAUUUCCGGCUGCGACCCCAAGUCGUACGUGGACGAAUGCAUGAAGAAUGGUUACAAGAAUCAAACCAAUGCCAUUUGGAACACAAGCGAUCUGACAGCCCGGCUCUCCUGGAUAAAGUGGGAUUAACUCAGGAUGGGGCAACCCAAGUACAGAGGACGGGGGGCUGCUGGCGGGGGAUUUACACCCCCCUUCUCUUUCUGUUUCAAUGGCAACAUCAAUUCAGGGGCUGAGUGACAUCUGCAGACUUCUCACCAGGUCAUGCACCUCUCUCUGCAGCCAUCCACUCCCCUCACAGCCUUUAAAAUAUUUGAAUGUGUUGUCGAUUGGUAAUGGGGAGCCAGUCUUUUUCUGGAGUUGCCUGUUGUUUUACAGUGAAUGGGGGACCGGGGCCAGACUUAAGCCCAUGGGGAUGGCACUUGUCACAGGGGAGAGAAGCAGCCUGGCAUGGGACUGAAUGAACCUUGGUCAAACUAAUUUUUUCUGAGUGUAAUACUGAAGUGCCCGUGUGUUCAUUUGAAACCUUUUGCUGUUGUUCAUUAGAUACUGUCACAAGGGUCUUGAUGAUGUAAAUUAGAUUGUGUGUGACACCCAAAUUUCACGUAAGUUAAUUUAGCUUAAUUAAUUAAUUUAUGUAUUAAUUUAUUCAUCAUUGUAUUUAUUUAAUUUGUUUAUUUAUUUAUUCAUC